AUGUCACAUAGGCUCGGGGAGCCGUACUCGACCAAGAAUCCCAUCCCGAAGAUCACCACUGGUCUUCGGGGACUCGUGAACCCGCAGGCGGCGACAGAGGCCAAGGCACGCCAGAUGCAAGAUGCCGACACCGGCAUUGCUGAGGAGCACGAGGACGCACAACAGCAGGAGAACAGGACAGACGAAAUGCAGGAGGGCAAGAGCGUUCUCGUCCGCGACCCUACAACUGGCAGCGACGUCCAUAUUCAGAACGCAAGAGACUUCGCCCACGAAGGCGAGAAUGUCUUGAAACUGGCCAUGCCGGAACCAGACUGGGACCAACACUACGACUACGUUCGCGAGGUUGCUUUCAACUCAAUCCGAAACUUGGCUAUCGUCUUCUCUGCUUCCUUCAUAUGCUCGCUCGUUCUACCAUUACCUCGUUGGAUUCUCUACCCGCUCGUCGUCAUCCCUCCGCUUGUGGCGACGCCAACUUUCAUGAAUAUCGUUCGCAACGCCUCGCGUGAAGACGCAGAGUCCAGGGUCUGGUGGUCCGAACGCAUACGCGGACUUCGCGCCGGCGAAGAUGUCGACAACGAUGGAGACGUCGAGACUGAGGAGCGCAUGCGAGAAAGUGCCGAGUGGACGAAUAACCUGCUCUCGGGAGUUUGGCCAAUAUUAAACCCCAGCCUAUUCGACUCUCUGGUCGACAUGUUGGAGGACAUUAUGCAAGGCUCCAUGCCAACCUUCGUUCACAACGUGCGCAUUUCUGACCUCGGCUUGGGCAAAUUGCCAAUACGAAUCACGUCGGUUCGGGCGUUACCGGACUCGUCAAACGACAACGCUCUUCAGAAACUUAGCGAGGAGGAUCGCGAGCAACUGACGGGUGACCACAUCAACCUCGAGAUCUCCUUCGCGUAUCAUGCUGCACCCAGUGGUAGCUCGGCCUCAAGCAAGGCGCAGAACAUUCAUCUAUUGAUUGACUUCUUCACGGGCGUGAAGGAAGUCUGGGGGUUCAGCUUCCCGGUAUGGGUGGAGCUUAAGGGUAUCGUCGGCACUGCGCGUGUUCGCAUGCAGCUUAUCCCCGACCCUCCUUUCGUCAAAACGACCCUGAUCACCCUGCUCGGUUUACCGCACAUUCAGCCCUCUGUCACAGCUCUGUCGCGGGCGCUACCGAAUAUUAUGAACCUUCCUGUCAUCUCUGGUUUCGUGUCUUCUGCACUCGACACAGCUGCUGCUGAGUACGUCGCACCGAAGAGUCUCAUUCUGGACGUUCAACGCCUUCUCGGCGGCGGCGACGUCCAGAAGGAUACGACUGCCCUCGGCGUCCUCGUCGUCCACAUCCACCGCGCAAUCGGUAUUCAGGGCAUGGAUAAUGACGGCGGAUCGGCAGACCCAUACGUGACGCUCACAUAUACCCGCCUGGGCAAGCCCUUGUUUUCGACUCGCAUCAUCAAGAGCGACCUCAACCCCAUCUUCGAGGAAACAGCGGCGCUCCCUAUCGAUCUCAAUGUGCUUAAGCUCGACGAGCGGCUCAGCCUCCAACUAUGGGACUCGGAUCGGAGCAGCGCUGAUGAUAUGCUGGGAUACGUCGAGGUCGACAUUCUCGAACUCGUGAAGGACAAGAACAACGCCCAUCGUCGCAUCGGCCAUCUGAUCUCACCUGAUAAACGCGACCGUCCAGGAAAGCUCGAGUUUACGGUUGGCUACUACGCUAAACUCCCACCGAACCCCAAGGCCCGCAAGCAGCCGGGUGACGCGCCCGGACGUGACCCUGGUCUCCCAGAAGACCUCAACAUUCCUCGGGACCCGGACAACCAGGACGACACGGCCAUCGGCGAGAUCGAGAAGGCGGUUCUGCGCUGUCCUCCCGACGACGAAUGGGUCAGCGGAUUGCUUGCUGUCCAGAUCCACGAGGUCCGCGACUUGGAUGUUGGACGUGGCGGGUACGUUGACCAGGGGACGGGCAAAAUGGGGCUGGGUAUUAAGGAGCAUAUGAAGAGCGCUGUCGGACUUGCCGAGACCGAGGGACAGAAGGGCUCCGACGAGCAGGGUAUGGAUGAACAAAGCGAGGACUUGCCCUCAAGCUACUGCACGAUCUCUCUCAACGAUGAGAUGGUCUACAAGACUCGUGUCAAGCCCAUCACGAGCUCGCCCAUCUUCAACGCUGGUACGGAGAGGUUCGUUACAGACUGGCGUACUGCGCACGUCGCUGUCAAGGUCAUGGAUUCGCGCGUGCGGGAGAACGACGCUGUGCUCGGCAUUGUCUUCCUGAAGCUUUCCGAACUAUUUGUCAAUGCAUCGCAGCUCACGCGCGUCUACCAUCUGGAACACGGUGUGGGCCAUGGUCGCGCUCGGAUCUCAGUACUGUUCCGACCUGUUGCGGCAAAACUCCCGCCCGCCCUUCGCGGUUUCAACACCUGCACUGUUCGCGUCGGCUCGGCCGCCAUCACGAAUCUCACCAACAAUGGUGAAGGGCUGAACCUGGCGAAAUGCGAGCUCCGCCUCAAGUCGACGACAGGCGGUGGAGAGAACAAAGCUGCACGCCGCCCAUCUGGCGAUCUUGUCUGGCAAGCUGAGGAUACCGAUCUCACCGAGAUUCCCGUGCGUUCACGCUUCGGUGCCGCGCUCGUGUUCUCGCUUAAGCCGGGAGGCUUGCAUCGCGGCAAGGCAGCUAUGACUGUGCUCUGGAUGCGCGACCUCGUCGAUGGCGUACGCGCCACCUUCGAGCUACCUGUGUGGGUUGAGAAGCACAACGGAGCAUUCUCCCGCCUCAAGCAGAACUACGUACCCCUGAGCGGUGAUCUUUCGGACUGGGAUGAAGACAAGGAGAAGCUCGAGCGUGUUGGUACUCUCAAGGUCGACCUUGAAGUCGUACCGGGCAUGAGCUCCGAACAUCGAGCGCGGAUGGGUGAUGAGGGUGGCGUUCGGAUGGGCGAGGAGAUCGGUCGUGUGCAGCGUGCCGGAGGCCGCGAACAUGUUGGACGAGUCCCGCCAGACCAUGAGAAGAGCAUCGGCGCUUCAUCGCAAGGCUCAGAUCAAACGACCACCGGGCCUACGCAACCUACCGCGGACCCCUCUCAUGCUGCGACGGUUGGCCAUGGCUCGCGCGCCUCGGCCGCUGCCACCGAAGCUAGUCAUGGCACCAGCGAGCCGUACUCGACUGCGACGCAGGACGGACACAGCCCGCUCACCGCUAGCAGCGGCAGGAACACGGGCGGCACGAGCGAGCCUCCGUUCUCGACUAUCGCAACUACCGGUCACACCCCACGAAGCAGUGGCAAGAACACGGGCACACAGGGCACUAGCGAGCCGCCGUCUUCCGCUGUCGCUACGACAGGCCAUACCCCGCGAAGUAGCGGUCGAAAGACGGGCACGCAGAAUAGCGAGCCGACAUCCUCGGCCGUUGCCACUACUGGACACGGAGGCCCGAACAACGCCGGUAGCGCUGGACGCGGCACUGGUGGAACGGACUACUCUACGCGCGCCUCAGUCGGCCAUGGCCAGCGCUGGCAUGACAGCGCUAGCAUGGUGCUCUCCCCAGCCUCGCUGAGCCAGGCGUCGCUGCAACACCGCCAGUCAAGCGGUUUGUCGGCAGGGCACAGUUCGGUUAACGCGACGGCUGGACAUGGAACAGCGACGCGCCCGAGCAUACCGGAGAGCACGUCGCCGGGCUUCAACUCGCUUGACGGUACGGAUGGGCAUGGCACGCCCGCCGACGAAAAUAUGGGUAAUACGUUCGUGCCUGACGAUGUUGAGCCCGAGAUUCAGCGUCAACCUGGCGAACGAGAUAGCCCUGGCGGGAGCACAGACGGAGGAAGUUCAAGUUGGGUCGCGGACGGCUACGAUGUCAGAGGCCAGGAUGGCGAUGGACAUGCAGACGGAAAUGCGGAUGGACACGUCGAUGAUGAAGACGAAGACGAUGAGGACGGUGACGAGCAGGACGGCAAGACGAAGAACCCGAUCAAGAAGCUCAAGAACUGGAAGCAGAACCAGCGCGAGCUCGGGCAGGAGCACCGCGGCGCGAUGCAGGCUAAGCCGGUGCGCACGGCUGUGUGGAUCAAGGAUAAGGUCGAGGCGAGUGUGCACUCUGCCAAGGACCGCUUCUCCAUGGAGGCUCAGCAGCCGGAUCUCGAGACAGAGGUUUGA